UUUUGACACAUUGCUGUUGUUAUUUCGCGCCUUUUUGUGGGCAUCAAUGUUGGUCCGCCAAAUUACAGGAAUCUACGCGUAUUUGUCUUCACAUCUUGGCCGCGCACGCACGUACGUGUGGAGUUUUCUCAAAACUAGUUUGUUUCGCCCCAUUUAAACAUCAUCAUGUUUGAAGCACGACUGGACGCCAGCAGCGUCCUGAAGAAGGUCCUGGACGCUAUCAAGGAUCUUCUAAAUGAAGCCACAUUCGAUUGCAGUGAUUCGGGCAUUCAAUUGCAAGCGAUGGAUAACUCCCACGUUUCCCUUGUGUCGCUAUCGCUACGCUCCGACGGAUUCGACAAAUACCGGUGUGAUCGAAACUUGUCGAUGGGAAUGAACUUGGCUAACAUGGCCAAGAUCAUGAAGUGUGCAAACAACGAUGAUACCCUAACUAUGAAAGCGCAGGAUAAUGCUGACACCGUUACUUUCAUGUUCGAAUCGCAGAACCAAGAGAAGGUAUCUGAUUAUGAAAUGAAACUGAUGAAUCUAGACCAGGAGCACUUGGGCAUCCCGGAAACGGACUAUGCAUGCGUGGUACGAAUGCCUGCAAUGGAGUUUGCUCGCAUCUGUCGUGAUCUGUCCCAGUUCGGCGAGUCCGUAGUCAUUUCGUGCACCAAAGAAGGUGUUAAAUUCUCCGCUUCUGGUGAUGCUGGGUCGGCCAACAUCAAGCUCGCACAAACUGCAACCGUAGAUAAAGAGGAAGAAUCAGUCAUCAUCGAAAUGCAAGAACCAGUAACACUUACCUUCGCUUGCCGCUAUUUGAACUCCUUUACAAAAGCAACGCCGCUGUGUAACCAAGUGCAGCUGUCCAUGUCGGCUGAUGUGCCGCUGGUUGUUGAAUACCGAAUUCCAGACUUGGGCCACAUCCGCUACUAUCUCGCACCUAAGAUUGAAGACGAUGAGAAUUAAGUUAAAUAAAAAUACAAGAAAGACCAUCUUUUAUGUACCUUCUUAAUUAAU